UGCAUAUAAACCGCUCUGUAAUGAUUCUGGAACCCCCGAGCGACGUGACAAUAAGAGCUAAAACAUUGAUGGAGCAAAAAGCCCUCACGUCUACGAUACCUGCCGAAAAAGCUUUACUAGCAUCAUCGUCCACGGACCCUCCGCCCAAGAAGAAACGAGGACCCAAAGGGCCUAAUCCACUAAGCAUCAAGAAGAAAAAGGCAUCUAAUAUGCCCACUCAGCCUGUGAAGAGUCUGGUCAAAGUACAUUCGGAUGGGAAGAGCAAAGGAAAAGGCAUAAGCAUUGGAAAGCUGGUGGAAGGCGAUGGAGAGAAGCAUGUUUCCAACGAAAUUUCUGUUGACACAGGGAAGAGAAAACGCACGGAGGAGAGUGAGGCAGAUGCAACGGUAGAGGAUUCAAACAUCGUUAUAGCCGAGACCACCAGCUCUUCUCGCAAACGAAAAAGAAGACGGAAGGCGAAAGAAUGAUUUCUCCUGUGAAUUCUUAGCUCAAGGACCCAAAACAUUGAAAAUUAUACGCCAUGUA